AGAAGCAGAUCACCAGGCCUGUCUCCCAAGGUGCUGCUGGGUGGAUUUGAACCACCAACCUUUUGGCUAGUGGUCACACAUCUAACAGUUUGUGCCACCCAGGGACUCCUACCAUUAGAUUUUAAGCUCCAUUAAGGGUAGGCACUGUGUCUCGUAUAGUAUAUAGCUCAGUGCCUAGCACAUAAGUGCAGUAAAAUAGUGAACGAAUGAAAGAACAAAUGAAUGAAAAGGAUCCCUCACUCCUCACUGCUUUCUCCAAGAAGUGUUUGUAGUAAAGAGUGUCCCGUGUAGAUACUUUUAUCGGUUGAUAGUCAAGUUAUUAACAUAGUAUUUUACAACUCUCCUCAACCCAUAGUCUCUGAAGACAUACUCAGAACAGUAGUUUUCCCUCAUUUUGUUUCUUCAGCAUUUAGGAGUCUGCCAGUGGACCGUUCUUUUUGAUCUUGCUCUGUGGAUGCACCCUCGUUCCUGUUAACUUUUCCAUGGCCAAGUUUUUCAAGCCCCUAUUCCUGGUAUUCCUGGAUCUCACCUCACACAAAAUAUAUUCAGAUGUGCAGUAUUAGAGUCAUGUAUUUCAGGCAUACUAAGAUGCUUUCUAUACCAUGGUCUGUAAUUGCAGAAAUUUAGCUACUCAUUCCACAAAAUAUUUGUUGAGUGCCUACUGUAUGCCAGAUGGCUACUGUAUGCCAGGCAUUUGAGUUACAUCAGUAAAUAAAACAGAAAAAAAAGAAAUCCUUGCCUUCACAGAGCCUUCAUUCUGUGGGGGGAGACAUACAAUAAAAAGCGAACAUAAAACACAGAGUAUAUUAGAAGGUGAUACGUAUUACAGAAAAAAAAAAAGGUGUUAAGGGAGCUUUGGGAAUGUCAGAAGGGUGUACUUUUAAAGUGGGUGAUUAAGGAAGGCCUUAACUGAGAAGGUGAUGCUUAAGCAAAGACUUAAAAGGAUUUGAGAGUUAACCAUGUAGCUGUCUGGGGGAAGACCAUUCUAGGCAGAGGAAACAAAGACUUUAAGGCAGCAGUAUGUCUUUCAUAUUCGAGAAAUAGCAAGGAAGCCAGUGUGGUUGGAGCAUAGUGAGGGGGAAAGCAAAAUAAAUGAGGUCAGACGUAACUGGAGGCCUGAUAUAUAGGACCAUGUGGGCCAUUGUAAGCACUGUGGUUUUUACUCUGAGGCAAAUAGGGAGCAUUGUAGAAUUUUUCACAGAGGGAUGAUGUGAUCUGACUUUCUUUUUAAAGAAAAUUGCUGUGUUAAGAAUAGACUGCAAGUAGGGAGACCAGUUAACAGCAAUUGCAGUCAUCUAGAGGAGUUGUGGUGGUGUCUUGGAUCCGGGUCGUAGCAGUGGAAGUGGUGAGAGAUAGUUAACAUUCUGGGUAUAUUUUGAAAAUAGAGCCAGCUGGACUCAAGGAUAACUAAGGUGUUUGGCCUGAUAACUGAAAGGAUGGAAUUACCAUAAACUGAGAUGGCUAAAGGUGGUACAUAAAUGGAGGAGGGAGGAGUGCAGGGAGAAAGCAGUUUCCAAAAAGAGUAGGUAUCUCACUUUUGGAAAACUCAAAAUGUGGCCUGAAAACAUUUUUUUAAUCUGUAAAUUGACAAAGAUUGCUCACAUUUGAGAAAGCACUUAGCUUUACUAACCUGAAAUAUUUUUCAGUGACUCAAUCAGGUAGGUUUCCUUCUGCCCACUUUAAGUGGUUCUGCUGAAAUCUAGACAUUACAAGUUAAACUUGAAACAGUUUUGAUCUGUAUAAAUCUAGGUCUUGAGAGGUACAACUUUUAAAACAUUUUUUAUUGCAGUAUAACAUACAGUAAAGUGCACAUAUAUUAAGUGACCAUCUCAGUGAAUUUUUAUAUAUGAAUACACCUGUAUAACUUAUGCAGCUCAAGAUAUAGAACAUUCCCAGCACCCCAGAAGGCUCCUUCACCACUAUGUUGAUUUCCAUCACCACAGAUUAGUUUGGAUCAGCAUAACUUUUAUAAAAUGAUAAUUAGCUUACCUGUAAUAAAGGUAAGUCCAAAACUGUAAACAGAAUUGAACCUACCUCUGUCUGCUUUGAUGUGGAAGACGUUGGACUCUUCAACAGAAAGGUAAUGAUGAGCAGUCUACACAAAUGGCUGCAAGUUGGGAAGAUGAGAAAGUGACAGAAGCAUCCUCAAACAGUUUUGUUGCUAUUAAAAUUGAUACCAAAAGUGAAGCUUGCCUACAAUUUUCACAAAUCUAUCCUGUAGUAUGUGUUCCAUCCAGUUUCUUUAUUGGAGACAGUGGAAUUCCCUUGGAAGUAAUAGCAGGAAGUGUUUCUGCAGAUGAACUUGUUACCAGAAUUCACAAAGUUCAACAGAUGCACUCACUAAAAGUCGAAACAUCAGUUGCAAAUGGGAGCCAGUCAGAAAGUUCAGUUUCUACUCCAUGCACCUCAUUUGAACCUAAAAACACUUCUGAAAACUGUCAGUCCAAAAAUGCCAAGCUUUGUGAGACACCACCCAAUUCUCCUGAUGCAAAGUCAGAUAUUGCAACAGGAGGAGAAAGUUCAGGCCAUGCCACUCCCUCUCAGGAUCCUAGUGAGUGUUCAAAUCCAAGACCUGCAGAAGACCUCACCGUCAGAGUGGAAAGACUAACCAAAAAACUUGAAGAAAGGAGAGAAGAAAAGAGGAAAGAGGAAGAGCAGAGAGAGAUUAAGAAGGAAAUUGAGAGAAGAAAAACUGGAAAAGAAAUGUUGGAUUAUCGAAGAAAGCAAGAAGAAGAAUUAACGAAAAGAAUGUUAGAGGAAAGAAACAGAGAAAAAGCAGAAGAUAGGGCAGCUCGAGAGCGUAUAAAACAGCAGAUUGCAUUGGACCGUGCAGAGAGAGCUGCUCGUUUUGCAAAGACAAAGGAAGAAGUAGAAGCUGCCAAAGCAGCUGCCUUGCUGGCCAAACAGGCAGAAAUGGAAGUCAAGAGGGAAUCUUAUGCAAGAGAAAGAAGUACUAUUGCUAGAAUUCAAUUCCGUCUUCCUGAUGGUUCUUCCUUCACAAAUCAGUUCCCUUCUGAUGCUCCUCUAGAGGAAGCAAGACAGUUUGCUGCACAGACUGUUGGCAACACUUACGGUAAUUUUUCAUUAGCAACCAUGUUUCCCAGGAGGGAAUUUACCAAAGAAGAUUAUAAAAAGAAAUUAUUGGAUUUGGAACUUGCCCCAAGUGCUUCAGUGGUACUGUUGCCAGCAGGAAGACCGACUACAUCCAUGGUACAUUCUUCCAGUGGAGACAUUUGGACAUUGUUGGGGACAGUACUUUACCCAUUCCUUGCCAUCUGGAGAUUGAUUAGCAACUUCUUAUUUAGUAAUCCUCCUGCACAGACUUCUGUGAUAGCAACAUCAUCAGAACCCUCAAACUCUGCAUCAUCUAGCAACUCAGAAAAAAGGGAACCAGUCAGAAAAAGAGUCCUGGAGAAACGUGGGGAAGACUUUAAAAAAGAGGGGAAGAUAUAUAGAUUGAGGACUCAAGAUGAUGGUGAAGACGAAAACAACACUUGGAAUGGAAAUUCUACUCAACAGAUGUAGUGCAUCAAGUACAAUAAUGUGCAAUAAUCAUUGUUUCUCUUACGAUUUAAUUCAACUAAAAUUUUACUGGAGAAGUGGGACUGUUUUGUUUUCCAGAUGAUCUUAAAGUUUCUCUUUAUUCCUGCUUAGUGGGUGUGGGUUAAAGUUGUUUAACUCAGAAAAGUCAAGAGAUAAAAUAACUGGCUGUUAGGUCCUUGCACAUGGUAACUAACCGAGAGAAGCCUAAAAGAAUCAACAGGUCUGAUAACCUCCCUUCAUCAGCUUUCUUAUUCAAUAUUUCAUACCCAUUAGCCCCAUGCUUUCAGAUGACAAGUUUUGUUUAGAGCUAUUUUGCUCCAGAACUCUUAAGACCACACAGAGUAACUGGCAUGUCACUUGAAUAAUUUGACUCUGAGAGCAUUUUAAUGAGUCAACCAGAUGAUAAUUUAUGUUUAACUUUUCUCUUUCGCUCAUCAGCUGCAAGCAAAAUCUUGUAGUUUUUAACCCUAAACACUAAAUAAAAAAUCUUUUCCAAAAAUCAGAAUGAUCCUAUCUUUAAGUUUUGUUAUUCUAGCAUUUUUUGUUGCACCACGCUUUGUUGAGGUCGUACGUCUCUGGUUUUUUUCCCUUGGACAGUACUGCCCUGGAAGUAUCUCAGGAAAGUAGCUGGCUACUUUACCUUAAAUAUCACUGAAGGAAGACACUUUCUGGCAGACAUUUGAUGUUGUGUUUCUGUCUCUCCUAAGUCAGUGAGGCAUCAUUUUGUCUGUAUGAUUUUAUGGACUUUAUUCUCAUCAGAUGCAAAACGACUGCUAGUCCAUAGCCUAUUUUUCUGUCACCUUUAUACUAAAGUUGUGCCCUCACUAAUCACACUUCAAGCACUUAAAGUACCUGUAGUGUAAGACCAGUAGUAUAGAAUAAACAUAGGCCUUUUAUUCGUUAGGCUGUGCUUAAGGAUUUUAAAAAGAUUCUUAAUAUGAUUUACAUGCUACUUUACCCAUCUGUUUUUGGUAAUGGAGACCAGAAAACUGAUGAGGUUUUGAAAAGGGAGCAAAUUUGACAAUUCCUCUUUUAACCUUCUGUUUUUAGAUUGGAAGAUAGCACUCUUGAGUUAACCUAUGGGAGGACAUUGAGUUCCUUUUGUCAUGAGAAGAUGAAAUUUUCAUAGGAUAGGCUUUCUGUUUUUCGGCUGUGAAGUAACAAUGACGUAAAAAUGAUAAUAGUGUUGGCAAGGAAAGAGACAGGCUAUGCUGUUAGUAGAAGUGAAAACAAGUACAAUCUUUCUGAAAACAGUAUUUAUCAGAAACCUUAAAUAUUUCAUAUUCUUUGAUCCAGUAAUUUUUCCUAAGGAAUGAUCAUAAAUGCAGACAGAGUUUAGAUAUAAACUUAUUCGUUAAGUAUUAUUUAUUUUACUUAAGAACUGGAAACAGCCAUAUGCCUUCUGCAGAAAUAAUUAAAUAGUUUUUGAUGAGGAGAAAUGGUGCAGUACAGGUAGUCCUCAACUGAAAUGAUGGGAUUCUGUUCUGACAACUCCAUCGUAAGUCGGUUCUGAUGUAAGCAAAUACUUUUUUUUUUUUUGGUUUUCAUUAUUAUUGCCUUUUAUUAUCAGUCUCUUUAUAAAUCCAAUCUGUGAACACCUGCGAGUGAACA